CUUUUUAAAAUAUAUUAAAAUAAUUAAAAUAGCCUUGGUGAGCAUAAAAAACUUUAAAAAGUCUUCAGGCCCUCUGGUAAUUAUAAUGUUGUAUAUACACACACACAUUGUAUGCUGUAGAUCUUCAAAUUAAGAACUUUUUUUCCCCAAGGAACUUUACAGUCAACUUGAGAUCCCUAUGCAGUGUAAAAUGUUUUUUUUAAAGUACCUUUAUUUGUGAGAGUGUAUUGUUAAUACAGAAUGAGAUCGUUUUAAGAUUCUUUAGUUGGUCUAGCGCUUUUUGUAGAUACUACAACUAUUAAAGAAGUCUUUUGGCCUAUGUAAGUGGCAAAAAAAUGAAGUCUGAGAGAGAUCGGAGACCAAAUCACAAGUUUUUCUGAUAUGUUCUGCAAAAUCAACAAUAAAUAAAAGUAUCUGUAUGAAAUCAGCAGAAGUAUAAUUUCAAAAUAUAAUUUAUUGAUGAUUUUUCAAAGAACAGACCAAACAACUGAUCAGACCCCUAUAAUAUAUGUAUACAAUUUCAGAUGUACUAAAAUUGCAUCUAACUAAAGACAUAGAAAUAGUUACCUCUAGAAUAACCUGGUAAUAAACAUUCUCAAUAAUAAUACAAAAAAAAAUGUAUAUUGGGAACCUGUAGGCGUCAUAUUUCAGACCCACACAGGGAACCAGUUAGAUUUUUAUCCAGUAGGAGUUAAUUGAGGAUAAGAUGCUGAGUCACUGAACGCUGCUCUAUUCCAGUGUGUUCCUCCUUCAUCUCUCGUACUCUUCCUCUCAGCUCGUCUCACUGCAGUCCCUCACCACCAGCCUCCCCCCCACUUUGAGUGCCGCAUUGCUGUAUCAAAGUGGGGUGAGUUCAUUACGCACACAGACUUGGACUGUGCUGCCACCUUUACAGAAUCAAGAGUGUCUGUUUGCUGAGGGGAGAACAGGGUCCGGCUGUCAGCUGCAGCUGUAGACAGAAGAAAGCUCCAUCCAUUCCCAUCCUGUCUUCCUGCCCUGUGCCAUCAUGGGGAAAGAGAAGAUCCACAUCAACAUUGUGGUCAUUGGCCAUGUUGAUUCGGGGAAAUCCACCACCACUGGCCAUCUCAUCUAUAAAUGUGGAGGAAUUGAUAAAAGAACCAUUGAGAAGUUUGAAAAAGAGGCUGCUGAGAUGGGAAAAGGUUCCUUUAAGUACGCCUGGGUUCUGGACAAGCUGAAGGCCGAGAGGGAGAGAGGAAUUACCAUAGACAUCUCACUCUGGAAGUUUGAGACAACCAAGUACUACAUAACUAUAAUAGAUGCUCCAGGACACAGAGACUUCAUCAAGAACAUGAUCACUGGGACGUCUCAGGCGGAUUGUGCUGUUCUAACUGUGGCAGCUGGAGUGGGUGAAUUUGAGGCGGGCAUCUCUAAAAAUGGGCAAACAAGGGAGCACGCCCUGCUGGCCUACACGCUGGGCGUCAAGCAGCUGAUUGUAGCUGUCAACAAGAUGGACUCUACGGAGCCAUCCUACAGCGAGAAACGCUAUGAUGAGAUUGUUAAAGAAGUGAGCGCCUACAUCAAAAAGAUUGGUUAUAGCCCUGCCUCGGUGCCCUUCGUCCCAAUUUCAGGUUGGCAUGGUGACAACAUGCUAGAACAGUCUUCUAAUAUGCCGUGGUUUAAAGGCUGGAAGCUGAACAGGAAGGAGCAGCAUGCCAGUGGCAUUACUCUACUGGAAGCUCUCGAUACCAUCAUGCCUCCAACACGCCCCACUGACAAACCCUUACGUCUGCCCCUACAAGAUGUCUACAAGAUUGGAGGUAUAGGGACCGUGCCGGUGGGCAGAGUGGAGACGGGUAUACUGCGGCCCAGUAUGGUGGUGACCUUUGCCCCAGUCAACAUCACUACAGAGGUGAAGUCGGUGGAGAUGCAUCACGAGUCUCUGAGUGAAGCUAUGCCGGGAGACAACGUGGGCUUUAAUGUAAAGAAUGUGUCUGUAAAAGACAUAAGAAGAGGUAAUGUGUGUGGGGACAGUAAGUCAGACCCGCCUCAGCAAGCAUCAGGGUUUACAGCACAGGUCAUCAUUUUGAAUCACCCAGGACAGAUCAGUGCAGGGUACUCUCCUGUCAUUGACUGCCACACAGCUCACAUUGCCUGUAAAUUUGCUGAGCUUAAGGAGAAGAUUGAUCGCCGUUCAGGCAAGAAGCUGGAAGACAACCCCAAAAGCCUGAAGUCAGGAGAUGCCGCCAUUGUGGACAUGAUCCCAGGAAAACCAAUGUGCGUGGAGAGCUUCUCUCAGUACCCUCCACUGGGUCGGUUUGCUGUCAGAGAUAUGAGACAGACUGUUGCAGUCGGUGUCAUCAAAAGCGUGGACAAGAAGAUUGGCGGCAGCGGGAAAGUGACUAAAUCUGCCCAAAAAGCUCAAAAAUCUGCCAAAUGAAUCUGAAUCUCCAAGUUACCUCGCAGGCCCCGCCCCAGCUUACAUGCCCCCCAUCUGGGCAUGCUCAGUCUGUUAACCCCGUGUGCUUGAAAUAUACGCUCAAUUCGAAUGGAGCCUGAUGGACUGAAGGAAAUAAUGAAAGACUGACAUUAUUAAAUUUUGACUGGUUGCACUGUAUGUUCACUUUUAAUAGAAGACCGGUACACAUGUUGCAUGGAUGUCUGUCUUGAUAUAUGCACGGCAUCUAUUAAAUGAAUGUAGAUGGUAUUGCUGAGUAAUGUGUGUGUGUGUGUGUGUGUGUGUGUGUGUGUGUAUGUGGUGUGCAGUCGAAAGCAGAAGAAAUCUAAGUGGAAAACUGCACUUUGACCACUAGUAUAAUAAUUAUUAAGAUGUCCAGAGGAAAUGAACUGCUAAAGUUUUGUAUAGUUUAUAACUGAGCAUUGAUGAAAGGCUAAUUGAUCCAAAGCACCAUUUGACGAAUAAAUAAAAUGUUGACCAAGUACACAGGCUUAUAAAUUAAAUGUUUUUAUUGUCUCUGAGGAGAAGAAAAUGUAAUCAGACAUUAGUUUCAAAUUCUCAUUAGUUCACAUGGUUAUUGAAUGCAUAAGAGAGAUAUGGUAGAGACAGACAGGUCUGGUUGCUGUCUGCACUGAAGAGCCAUGAGCUAAGAAUGGACUCUGAGUGAGCUUUACUGUGGACUACAGCGGAAACAGGUCGUCAGAUGAAGGAUGCAAACAGAAUUCCAGGAUGGACUGAGAUAAGUGGCGGUUUAUAUAGAUGUAGUGUUUUAAUGAACUUGAGGUUCUAGUAAUGGAGAGAGAAAGAAGCCAAGAGAUGACAGAAUAUUAACUCGGAAAGAGAUAUUUAUACUGUAAAUAUUACACUUAAGAACUUCACUUGGUUCCUUAUAUGUUUGCAUUUGCACCAUUUAAAAUGAAGUAUGUAAGAUUUUUUAAUGUUUUUGAAAGUCUCUUAUGCUCAA